AUGAGGACCGUGUACAUGUCCACACGUAAACAGCUACCCGUGAGGAGCGUUCAUCGCAUGUUGUUACAAGCUACACAGCAGCCAGCUUCAACCGCAUCAGAGAUUGUCGUGAGAGCAUAUUUGGGUCAGACGGUGACUUUGCCCUGUAUGUACUCCUCCUGGUCUCAGAAUGGCAACAGCAUGUGCUGGGGCAAAGGCCAGUGUCCCAACUCCAAAUGCAAUGAAGAGCUUCUCCACACUGAUGGGAGUAGGGUGCUCUGGAGCAAGUCGUCAAAAUACAAACUUCAGGGGAAUAUCCAGAGAGGCGAUGUCUCCUUGACCAUCUCUAACACCAACGAAGCCGACAGCAGUGUGUACUGCUGCCGCAUAGAGGUGCCUGGCUGGUUCAACGAUGUGAAAAAGAACAUUCGCCUGCAGCUGAGUAGAGCUACAACAACCACCGAGUCAAGAACAACUCGUCGCCCAACCACCACCACUGCUAUGACGACAAGCACAGCUGUGCUUCCAACAACAGUCAUGACGACACCUGACCUCACAACUGGAACACCACUUGAGACAAAAACCACCACUGCCCUCACAACAAUGGCAACCACAUGCUCUCCAACAACACUGAGUAACCUUCCUGAGGCAACCACAAUUCUUCUGAUCACUGAGCCCUCCCCAGAAGGGCCUUUCCUCACUGAAGAAUCAGAAACUUUCCCUCCCUCCAGUGACUCCCAGACACCCUCUGAGGUGACUUCCGGAGACACUGCCUUGUUCACAUCUGAAGAGUCCAAAGAUUGGGUUCCGCAGUCAACAUCCCAGGCAUCGAUGUGGGAAAUGAGUGACUUGGUGACUUCUCCUCAGCCAAGAGCACCUGAGACAGCAAUUAUUGAGCAAAAUGGAGUUGAAUCAGAACAGAUAAAAAUGGCUGACAACUUCGAACUGCUGACGAUCAUUGCUCCCUCCCUGGGGUUUGUGCUGUUGGCAUUGCUUGUGGCAUUUUUCCUUCGAGGGAAAGUCAUGAAAACCAAUUGUUUCCAGAAACACACAAGGCUCAACAACGCUGGAGAAAGUAAAAAUGUCCUCGAUGACAUGCAGCAUGCAAGAGAAGAUGAGGAGGGUCUUUUCACACUCUAACAUGCUACCUUUUCUUAGGAUUGAGGAUUGGCACAUAAUGUGUGAAUUGUCAAAAUAAGUCCUGGAAUGUUUUGAUUUUAUUUUUUUUUAAAAGCCUCAUCUGUGCCAUUGGUGUCAUUGAUCCAGCGUUGCUUUAGUUUCACAAGUGAAAGGUACUUUAGGGACCACACUUUCUCUGCCCCGUGCUUUACUCUUCUCUGUAGCACCACUGCUAAGUGAUCUUCCACACUAUGCUUGAGCACUUUCACUGAUCAUGAG